GCCAUAUACCCUCGCGUGAACGCGCACAUCAUCAACACAAUUUAUUUCGCCAGAAAAUCUGUAAGACCUGACAACAGGCAGCGCACCGCUGUGCCAACAAACACACGGGGUUCAAAUGGAGUAACACUGCUGACAGCACACGACGGGAGUCUCGCUGAAUGUAACGCCACAUCAAAACAAAUAGUUCUCCGACCAAAAUCCGCGGGGAGUCGCCGUUGUUGUUCAUUCUGUCGAGCUAACUGCGCAGGACAGUGAAGAAUGGAGCCAUCCGAGCAGUCAGGCCCAGAUUUGGUCUCUCAGGAUGUCAACCCCGUGUUUCUGCAGCAGCUCCGGGAGCUGGACAUCCCAGAGGAAGCAGCCAAACAGGCUCUCCUGCACACUCGGAAUGUGUCUGCCGAGGAGGCGGCCAUGUACUACUUCAACAAGCUGGAGAAUGAGGAGGAGGGAGAUGAUGACCUCAUGUUCAAGAUGGUGUUUGUGGUGAACAUGGACCUGGCCAUGGGCGUUGGGAAGGUGGCAGCCCAGGUCGGCCAUGCAGCCGUAGGUUUGUACCAGGCUCUACAGGAGAAGAACAGCUGGAGGGAGAUGGCCUGGAAGUGGGACCACAGCGGAUCCAAGAAGGUGGUACUCCAGGGCACCAACGUGGCUCAUCUGCUGGAGCUGCAGGCCCUGGCCAUGAGCCUCAGCCUGCCCACUUACCUGGUCCAAGAUGCAGGGCUUACCCAGGUGGAGGCUGGGUCCCGCACUGUUCUGGCCAUCAUGGGCGAGGAGGAGAUGGUGAACAAUGUCACUGGGAGCCUGAAGAUACUCUGAGGGGCCCAAACCCACAGUGGGAGUCAUGUCCCUGCAGAGCCAAAGUGCAGCCAGCAGAGGACAGAAUUUCCCAGCAUCAGGGGAAGUCUUGGCAUGCAAGCGUGUAACAACCUAAAAAAAAGUCCUAAAGAACAAGGGAAAACAAGACAUGCCCCAUCACCAAAAAACAAACACUCUCGGCCAUUUGUUUCCCUUUUAUUCUUUGUUUGAGCCGCUUCGCGGCCAUUGAGAGCAGGCGUAGAGAGAGACCUGUUCCUCAAGGGAAUCAGCUGAAGGCAGUUGAAUAAUUUUUUUUUCUGUUGACCUUUCUCUUUUCUACACAGGAUGCUGAGUUAGAGUCUUAUUAGAAUCUUAAUUAGUUUUCUAACAAAUUUUUCUGUUGUCCAAUUUCAGUUAGGGCAAAGUCAAAUCAAAUUGAUUUGUUGGUUGACCAAUAUUAUAGUUCUGCUUUAUUAUCAUUGUAUGUACUGUACACUAAGACAUAAUGUAAUCAGAAUGAAACCCAUAGAAGAUGUAUUAUUUGACUGUUGUAUUCACUACUGUGUGAAGGGUAAUGUAUUUACUGAAAAUAUGUGAGCACUCAUUUUAAACAUUUAAAUGAUUUUGUGUCUGUAUGCAACUAUUCUCCCAAAGAUCCCUGUCCUAUAGACUCAGCAACAUUACUUAUUAUUGAUAAAUGGCUAUGUUUUAUAUACAUACGCCUGUUAGAGCCAUAUACUGUAUACGUGUGGUGUGCACAAUAACUGGACUUUGUUGUAUUGCUUUUUUUAUUUUUUAGUUGUGCAAAAGAAAGGAAAAAAAACUAAAUUAUGAUAAUUGGUCGAAUUUGAUGUUGGGAUGUUCCUGUUGAAUAACAAUGUCAAACAUUAGUCAAGUCUGAGCUGGGCCUUACUUUGCACUCUGACUGCCUGUGGUGGAUACGUUACGAAAUGAAUUGGAUUGACCUGGAUUGAAUUUGAGAAUGCAAAUGAUUGUGUGUAAAUUGAGACUUGGUGAAUAGUCUUGCACACUUAUAAUCUGAAUACACAAAGAAUGCGUGAUCUGUUUUAUCUUUUGUUCUCACAAAAAAAAUAUCUGUAGGCAUGAGCUGCCACUCCCAGAAUUCUUCGCCUAAUAUCAACAAUUUGAUUUGUAACAAGUGUUGGCAGUGUAAUGCAUGCAGGAUGAAAAUGUAUGUUUGAACAGAGCACUGGAAUCCAAACGUCAGAUUUACUAACAUGUCCACACUUUGAUACCUCUUGUGUCAUACAGUCAUUUGUGUGAGUGCUUCAGACUGUGGAUACAAUUAAAACGCCCCCAGGUGAAGUGAGAA